AUGAGUAAAGAUGUACAAGGCAUGGAUUCGAAAUUGUGUGUAUGGAAUAUUGAUGAUGGAAAUAUCGUUUUGGAUACAAAAACUCCAGAUGAUGUACAGGAUGUAUGCUGGAGCCCUGAUGGAAAAAAAUUUGCUACCGCCAGCAAAGACAAGAAGAUCCGCAUCUACAAUGGAAGGACUGGCCAGUUAGAACAGGAAUUUGCAGGCCAUGAUUCUUCACAUGAAAUGCACAUCAGUCUUUUGAGAGGUAACAGACUACUGUCCACAGGCUUCACCAGGGAAAGCAGGAGAGAAUACAAGUUAUUACAGUUGAAAGACCAUGGUGAACCUGAAUGCUUACUACAGGACCAGUUAGACAUAGCUGCCGAUGGUCCCCUUUAUAUUUUUGCUGACCCAGACUUAGACAUUGUUUAUUUUUUUGCAAAGGGAGAUUGUGUGAUCAAGUACUUUGAGGUGACUGAUGAGCAGCCUUACUUUCAUUACCUCGACAACUACCUGUCCAAAACUGCUCAUAGAGGGAUGGGAUACAUGCCCAAGAGAGGAUUAAACGUUAAUGCCUGUGAGAUUGCUAGGAUGUAUAGAGUGACUCGGGAUACUAUUGAGCCUGUCUCCAUGAUUGUUCCAAGGAAGAGUGAACUGUACCAAGAAGACAUCUACCCUGAUACUUUAGCCAAUGAAUAUGCAGUUCAAGCCUGUGAGUGGCUUGAAGGUAAAGAUGGCACACCGAAGUACAUGUCCAUGCACCAAUUUUUCAAAGAAAAGGAAAGCUCUACCUCAAGCAGGGGAGGCGGCCUUCGUGGCCUAAAAAAGGGCGGAUUGAAAUCGACAACCCCAGCAACUAGUGCUACGAGUUCUCACAAUUCUAAUAGCCAGAACCAGGAGAUCAAGGAUCUAGUUGCAGAGGUCAAGAAUCUAGUUGCAGAGGUCGUCGGACUGAAGGCAACAGUCGAGAAACUAGAGAAGCGCAUUGCCACCUUGGAAGCCAGAAAUUAAAUAAAAAAACAUGAGAGAAAUAAUUUCCAGAUAAUAUCGCAAUACAUUACCAGAUUUAGUUUUUGGAGUAUCUAGAACAGACAUUAUCUGAUAGGAGCCAGUUUACUACACUCUUAAUUAUUGUUUAAAAAAUCAUGAUUGGCUUGGAUAGAAACGAUCGAUGCAUAAUGCUUAUGUUAUAUAUAUAAAUAGUGUCAAUUGCAUAUUUCACAAGGUAAUCUUGAUAAGUGCCUGAUAUUGUCCAUGAUAAAAAGUGAUAUCAUACUAGUCUUGACUGGGGGGGGGGGGGUCAGUUUUCUGCUUCUUGGCUCUAGUUGUGUGUGCUUAUGCAUUAUGCCUUGUAUUAUCUAUGAAGCAGUUUCUACAUCUACAGUAAGUGUAAUAAGUAAAAUAGGUUAGUAUUUGACAUUUCAAGGAAAACUUGCCCAUCCAAGAUCUGUUUAAAUCAUAGUUUGCCUCAAUAAUGGAUCUGUCAUCUUGCCUCCAGACUAAGGCAACUUGCUUUACAUGUAGCUUGAUGGAGAGUGACACCUAAUUGAAUAUAUUUCACACUCUCACUCGGAACCUGUGAUUUGAAUUCAAUUCCCGAGCGAAGGCGGUAUGUGCCCUUGGUGACUUGUCAAUAAAAGCACUGCAUCGCAAAUACAAACUACGAUGAGUGCAUGACAGUUGUAUUAUCUACGUAAGUGCUUAAAGCUCAAGUCCACCCCAGCAAAAUGUUGAUAUGAAUAAAUAGAGACAAAUCAAACAAGCAUUAUGCUGAAAAUUUCAUCAAAAUCGGAUGUAAAAUAAGAAAGUUAAGACAUUCUAAAGUUUCGAUUAUUUUUUCACAAAGCAGUGAUAUGCACAACUCAAUGACAUGUAAAUGAGAGACAGUCGAUGAUGUCACUCACUGUUUCUUUUGUUUUUUAUUGUUUGAAUUAUACAAUAUUUCAUUUUUAGAAGAUUUUACAAAGGACCAACUUGAUUGAACCAUAUAGUAUUAUACAAUGCUAAUGCCAUAUGUUCAGGGAGGAAUUAAUCGUUGUUUCACAGGGCAGCAGGGAGAAUAUUGGAAUAUUUCAAAUAUCAUAUAAUAAAAUAUAAAAGAAAUAGUGAGUGAGUGAUGUCAUCAGUCUCAUUUGCAUACCGACAAGGAUGUGAAUAUAACCGUUUGUGAAAUUAAGCGAAACUUUAAAAUGUCAUAACUUUCUUAUUUCACAUCCGAUUUUGAUGAAUUUUUCAGUGUUAUGCUUGUUGAAUUUUGUUCUCUUUUUAUUCAAAUCAACUUUUUGUUGGGGUGGACUUGUCCCUUAUAAGGGCAUAGCUCCGCCCCAAUAGAUGUUCGGGAAGUCAAGCUUUUCACACGCUAAAUUCGUACCGUAAUUUGAGUGAAAUUUAAAUGGAAUUCACUUCCAGAGUAGAAUUUGAUUUGGUGAUUGUGAUUAGCAGUCGCGAUUCUAAUCAUGUUCUAGUUAGGUUUCACACGUGCUAAAAAUCGUCAUCAGCCUCAUUUUUCACUGGAAUCAUCAUUCAAAUUACGAUUUUCUUAUCUUGUGAAGGGGCGGUUUGUCACAUCAAAUUACCAAAUCGCAAUUUAUAUCAAAUUUAAUUCUUUAAAUAAGGAUAGUUGUAGUGUAUAUCAAUUUUUGUAAAAAAAAAAAAAAAAAGUAUUGUAACCUUGGAACAAUUCAAUUAGAAAAAAUGAUAUAUGCUUUAGUACUUUUUAUUUUAAACAAAUCUUUUUUUCAGGAAAAGGCAAUAAUGUUAAUAAUGAAAUCAAAGAAUGAAAUCAUUUUUGUUUUUCAUUUGCUUAUUAAAGGCAAAACUUUCAAUCUUAUAUUUGUUUAAUGUAGAUUAGUACAAUACUAAUGUUUAGGAUGUAUGGAACUUCGUUUUUUAUUCAGUAUUUGGCUUAAACAGCCAAUUUUUUUUAGAAACACAAUUAUAUUUCAUUAAAAUUUGAAUGGUGAAUACGAAAAGCUUUCUCUUUCUUUACCAAAUAAUGUUUAUUUUCUCAUUGUAGGACCAUGAUAUUCUCAUACAUGUAUAUCAAUUAUUUUGAAUUACUAUAGUGUACUUUGUUACAUGGUUUGGGAUUAUUUCAUUGCCAUUUGGUCCAACCACCUCUUGUCUGGUUUUAAUCCUAUAAUAAUUUUAUUUGACCUGUUCGUCAAGCAAUCAAGUGAAAAACUGCAGGCCCUAUUAGACAAAAAUGUAAUGGCCAAUGUAUAUUUUAUGGACAAAUACAGCCAUUAGGAGGCAAUAUUUAUUUUGACUUGGCAAUACACAGAAUGUGUGAAAAGCACAUUUGAGAAAUGGAAUUAAUGCAGUGAGAUUGUACCAAAUGGCAUUUUUCGGAGGGAUUUAUUUAACCAAAUGGGUAAUUACAUCACAAAAGUUUAGAGUGAAAAUGUAUGAUCGGGUAAGGGACAAUAAAAUCUGAUUUACAAGACA